CUAUUUUUAAUCAUUUUCAUCAAUAUUUAGUACAUUUUUAUUCUGAGCGUGUGACGCAAUUGCUCUUUACUAAGAGAGAAGCAACCUUGAAUUUGCACGCAGUGGCAACGCCGUUAACAUCAGCCACAACUGAAAACGAAUCGUGUAAGGCUUGAAACGUGCCGGCCGCCACGUGCUGCAUAUAACUAUGGCCAAUCGUACUCGCAACAAUACUACCAAGGUUGAGGCGCUGAUCGAGAGCUGUCGCAGCGAAGGCAAAUGGCAGCGCGUCAUCGAAUUAACCGACGAGCUGAAAACGGGAUCACCACAUAACGAGUGCCUGGCAAACUUCCUGGUGGGCGAGGCGCGAUUGGAAAAUUAUCUUGAGGAGCAUGCGGUGGCGCCCGAAACGAACUUUGGCCGCGCCAAGAGCGGUCUGGCCGAAGCCCGUCGCUUCCUCAACCUGGCUCUGGGAGAAAGCGGCCAAAAGGCGGGCAUUGCACUCGAUGCGUACCUGCUGCUAGCCAAGCUAUCCUACGCCUGCGGCGAAUAUGAGCAGAGUCUAGAGAACUUUGUCAAGGCGGAGCUCAACACGCUCGCCGAGAAGGAGCUCACAUUACGCAGCCUCAAGAUUCUCGCCGAGUCGUAUGCCAUCAAGGGACUGUGUCUGGAGCAGCAGGCAUCGAAGCCUACGUCCAAGUUUAAAAAGGCCGAAAAGGACACGGAAAUGAUCUGCUGCUUUGAGCGUGCCUCCGAUCUGGGUCUGCUGUAUCUGCAGGAAUACGACAUUGUCAGUGGCAGCAACAACUCGUCCAACAAUUCCACCGCCGGCUCCACGUUGAACGUCAAUGCUGGCGGCGGAGUGCAGCAGUCGACGAGCAGCUUCGCCAUCAGCAGCACCAUUCCAAGCAGCGGCGUUACCCUCGAGGUGAGCCGACGCAUGGGCGCCAUACUCGAGACGGCGCUGCAAAGGGCGCCCAUUGUGCUGAUCAAGGCGGGCAAGCUGCAGGUGGCCGUGGAACGCUAUCGCAUCAUGCUGAAUGCCAUCGAGACGCGUGCAACGCAAUCGUUGCGUCUAACGCUCGCCCGCCAGCUGGCCGAGGUGUUGUUGCGCGGCGUCUCCGGCACAAUUUAUGCUCCGCCAUUUACCACCAAGUCCGGCGGCAGCACCUUGAGAGGCGGCGGGGCCACCAAGCGUCUGUGGAAGCCACGGAAGUAUGCGGGACGUCAACAGUUUACGCCACGCAAUCAACAAGAGGAAGUCAUACUGCUCCUGCUCAUCGCCGAGGCACUCGCCGUUCGCGACACUGUGCUUUCCCAGAGUCCGGAAUUUCGUUUGGCACGGCAACAUGCCAUGGGCAAUGUGACGGCUGUCUACGAUCUCCUCACGCUGGCCACGAUACGUUGGGGUCUCGUGCAGCUGCUCAACGAGUCCUUCGAGAAGGCGCUCAAGUUCAGCUUUGGCGAGCAGCACGUUUGGAGGCAGUACGCGCUGAGCCUGAUGGCCGCCGAGAAGCAUUCCCAUGCGCUGCGUGUGCUGCAGGAGUCCAUGAAGCUAACGCCUGGCGAUCCGUUGCCAUGCCUGCUGGCAUCGCGACUCUGCUACGAGAGCCUGGAGACAGUCAAGCAGGGACUGGACUAUGCCCAGCAGGCGCUUAAGCGAGAGGUGAAAGGCCUGCGUCCAUCGCGCAGUCAACUCUUUGUGGGCAUCGGUCACCAGCAGCUGGCGAUACAAGCGACUCUGAAGAGCGAUCGCGAUGCCUACAACAAGUUGGCGCUGGAGUCGCUGGAGCGAGCUGUGCAACAGGAUGGCAACGAUCAUCUGGCCGAGUAUUAUUUGUCGCUGCAGUAUGCGCUGCUUAAUCAGCUGGGGGAUGCGUUGAGUCACAUACGCUUUGCCCUGGCACUGCGCAUGGAGCAUGCGCCGUGUUUGCAUCUGUUUGCAUUGCUUUUGACAGCUUCACGACGACCCCGCGAGGCGCUGGGCGUAGUGGAGGAUGCCCUGCAUGAGUUUCCCGACAACCUGCAGCUGCUGCAUGUGAAGGCGCAUCUUCAGCUCAAUCUCGAGGAUGCCGAGACAGCGCUGUCCACGGUGCAGCACAUGCUCGCCGUCUGGCGGGAUGUCUACGAGGCGCAGCUGGCCGGCGAGGAGGAGAAACAUUCCGACACAAAGAGUGGCGUUCACUUGGUGCAUUCUUCCCAAAUGUCCGACAAGGAUUCGAAUUCCGUUUAUGCUGCUUCUUUGGCCGCAGUCUCUCGAGUCGAACAAGCACUAAGCGAGGCUGCCAGCUCGUUGAGUAGCUUUACACAACGCCCCGGACCACGACGACCCUGGAUGCUACAAAUUGAGAUCUGGCUGCUGUUGGCGGAUGUGUAUUUGCGCAUUGAUCAGCCUAAUGAGGCAUUGAAUUGCAUACACGAGGCCACGCAAAUCUAUCCGCUCUCACAUCAGAUAAUGUUCAUGCGGGGUCAAGUUCAUGUCUAUCUCGAACAAUGGCUGGAUGCAAAACAAUGCUUCCUCAAUGCUGUUGCUGCCAAUCCGAACCAUACCGAAGCUCUUCGCGCUCUGGGCGAAACACACUUAAUGCUGGGUGAGCCGCGACUGGCUGAGAAGAUGCUCAAGGAUGCUGCCAAAUUGGAUCCCAACUGUCCCAAAAUAUGGUUUGCGUUGGGACAAAUUAUGCAGACCUUGGGGGAUUUCAAUGCUUCGGCCGAUUGCUUUGCCACAUCGCUGCAAUUGGAGCCGUCGUGUCCUGUGCUGCCGUUUACCUCGAUACCUUUAGUUUUCGAAUAGGCAUUUACUAUUGUUAUUUUCUGUAUUCCGUUAAUGCUUCAGCAUACCUCAACUAACCUCAAGACGAACAGAGCAAUAUUACUUACUAGACAUUAACUAUGGUGAACCAAGUUUUUUUUAUUAUUAUUAUUAUUUAUCCCUUUUGUUGUUAUUACUGUAAGUAUUAAGACAGGCAUGGAAUGGUGUAAAUUGAGUGUGUAAAUUAUUAGCUAGCCCUAUUCAAAAUGUUUAUGAUGUACCUAAGCUAUUUACUUAUUCUAACAACUUACUUAUAAACAUUGAAGCAAACUUAAACUAUUUAACUGUAAUAA